GUCUGGCCGAGGAUCCGGGAAGGCUGGCGGUCAGAGAAGAAGGGAGACGGCGCACAUCAUGAUCCAAAACCUCCUCGCGUGAAAGCCGACCACUCACAUCCUGUAGUCCAGAUCUCAUCUAAAGGAAGGCGUCAUGAUUCCUGUGAUGGAAUUCCGGCAGUUCUCUGAACAGCAGCCAGCGUUCAGAGUCCUGAAGCCAUGGUGGGACGUGUUCACUGACUACUUGUCUGUAAUCAUGCUGAUGAUUGGUGUCUUUGGAUGCACUCUUCAGGUAAUGCAAGACAAAAUCAUUUGCCUUCCUCAGAGAUCAUCGACUCCAGAGAACAUAAGUGCAGUGGAACCGAAGUCACAGUUCCACCUGCAGUCCAACAUUUCAGCUGUACCCAGAGAAAUGCGAGGCCUGAAAACUGACCUGGAUCUUCAGCAGUAUAGUUUCAUCAAUCAGAUGUGUUAUGAGAAGGCUCUGCACUGGUAUGCCAAGUACUUUCCCUAUUUGGUUCUAAUACACACUCUAGUUUUCAUGGUGUGUAGUAACUUCUGGUUCAAAUUCCCUGGCUCCAGCUCUAAAAUAGAGCAUUUUAUCUCCAUGCUUGGCAAGUGCUUUGACUCUCCGUGGACCACGCGAGCUUUGUCGGAGGUGUCCGGAGAAAACCCCGAAGAAAAAGACAGUAAAAAGACGGGUACUUCGAGGUCCAACAUCGCUGUGUCUCCAGGAGAAGGCAGUUUAGAGAAGACACAGUCCCUCCGGUCUAUCCCAGAAAAGAUUGUAGUUGACAAGCCAUCCGCAAGUGUUCUUGAUAAAAAAGAGGGUGAACAAGCUAAAGCUCUGUUUGAAAAGGUAAAGAAGUUCCGUUUGCACGUUGAAGAAGGAGACAUACUUUACCUUAUGUAUGUUCGGCAGACAGUGUUCAAGGUGUUUAAAUUCCUCCUGAUCAUCGUCUAUAAUAGUUGUCUGGUCAACAGAGUGCGGAAUAGAGUACAUUGUGAAGUUGAGAUCCAGGACAUGACAGGCUAUAAAGACUUUGAGUGUAAUCACACUAUGGCUCAUCUGUUUUCAAAGCUUUCUUACUGCUACCUGUGUUUAGUGAUCGUCUACGGAUUAACAAGCCUUUACACGUCCUACUGGCUGUUUUACCGCUCACUGAAAGAAUACUCCUUCGAGUAUGUGCGACAGGAAACAGGCAUCAAUGACAUCCCAGAUGUCAAGAAUGACUUUGCCUUCAUGCUGCAUAUGAUUGAUCAGUAUGACCCACUGUAUUCGAAAAGAUUUGCAGUUUUUUUAUCUGAGGUCAGUGAGAACAAACUGAAACAGCUCAACCUCAACCACGAGUGGACUGCUGAGAAGCUGCGUCAGAGACUCCAGACUAAUACCAACAACAGACUUGAACUUCAACUGUUCAUGCUCCCUGGGUUACCCGACACUGUCUUUGAGCUGACAGAGCUGCAGUCACUCAAGCUUGAAAUCAUCAACAAUGUCACAAUCCCUGCCUCUAUCUCUCAACUCGAAGACCUUCAGGAGCUGUCUCUUUACCAAUGCUCUUUAAAGUUGCACACAACGGCUACCUCCUUCCUCAAAGAAAACCUGAAAGUGCUUCGUGUGAAGUUUGAUGAUAACAGGGAACUUCCAAACUGGAUGUACGGCCUGCGCAACUUAGAGGAGCUCUAUCUCACCGGAUCACUCAGCCCUGAUGCCUCUAAGAACAUAGUUCUUGAGUCACUGCGGGAGAUGAAGAGUUUGAAAACUCUCUCCCUUAAAAGUAAUUUGACCAAAAUACCCCAGUCGAUAGUGGAUGUUUCCAGCCACCUGCAGCGGCUGUACUUCCACAAUGACGGCACUAAGCUAGUAAUGCUCAACAACCUGAAGAAGAUCACCAAUCUGAUCGAGCUGGAGCUAGUGCGUUGUGAUCUGGAACGGAUACCGCAUGCAAUCUUCAGCCUGACAAAUCUGCAAGAGCUUGAUCUGAAAGAGAACAACAUUCGCUCAAUAGAGGAGAUCAUCAGCUUCCAGCACCUUCGAAAACUUACUUGCCUUAAACUUUGGUACAACGGCAUCAUGUACAUCCCAGAGCAUAUCAAAAAGCUUGGCAGCCUAGAGCGCCUCUACUUCAGCCACAACAAGAUUGAGAUACUGCCUUCGCACCUGUUCUUGUGCAACAAGCUGCGGUACCUGGACCUGUCAAACAAUGACAUCCGAUUCAUCCCGCCAGAAAUUGGAGUCCUUCAGAGUCUGCAGUAUUUCUCUGUGUCGUGUAACAAAAUUGAAAAUCUACCAGAUGAGCUCUUCUUUUGCAAAAAGCUCAAAACGCUAAAGCUCGGCAAGAACUCGCUGUCCAUACUCUCGCCAAAAAUUUCCUACCUGGCUCUACUGACACAUUUGGAGGUCAAAGGCAACCACUUUGAGCUCCUGCCACAAGAGCUCAGUUACUGUCGUGCUUUGAAGCGCACUGGCCUUAUAGUGGAAGAGACACUGUUUGAAACUCUGCCUUCAGAUGUCAGGGACCAAAUGCAGGCUGAGUGAGAUUGCCUUAUUGUAGCCACAGUGCCUGCUGUUUGUUCUGUCUGCCAGUUCUUUGUUCUGUAUUAACUCAUUACCAUACUCAAGUAUUACACAACUGUUAAAAACAUAUAUUUUUUUCCAGUUUCCUUGAAGGAGGGAAGAAUUACUUCUUCAUAAAGUCACACAGAGUGUGGCUCAGUCGGGUGCUUGUUCUGUUGUUAUUAAACUUUGACAUAUUAUCCAGACACAAAUCAUCUUAAAUGAAUAUUUUGGCAUUUUGGGAAAUACACCCUGUCGAUAGAAGAUUGAUAUCAAUCUCAUAUCUGCACCAUAACAUUAAGCUACAGCCAGCAUGUGAUUAGCUUAGCACAAAGACCAGAAGCGGGAGGAAACAGCCUGGCUCUGUCCAAAGGUGAAAAAAUAUACAGGACCCACCUGCACCUCUGAAGUUCAUUAAUACACUAAAGAGUUUAAUUCAUAUUAAAAGCAAAAUAUAAAAAAAUGACAGAGGUUUUAUGGGGAUUCACUUGCUGGACUGGAGCUGCGUCCUGGAGACACUGCUAGGUGGAUUUUAUUACAGUCACUGGACAGAGCCAGGCGGCUUCCAGUCUUAAUGCUAAUCUAACUGUCUGAAAGCUGUAUUGCAUAUUUAACAUACAAACAAAGAGAGUGGUAUCAGUCUUUUUAUUUAACUCUUGGCAGGAAAGCAAAUAACCAUAUUUCCCAAAAUGUCUUCACAGCACAUUUCUUUUCAAUGCCACAUAAAACCAUUGGAUUAUGGAAUGUAAAUCAAAACUAAAGACCUCACUUAAGGUUAGGCUGUUAGCCUUGUGCUAUAUUGUAUAUAUUUUAUGCUGCUGUUUAAAGGCCUUUAUUUUCUUUAAGAGACUGUUAGCUAAUAUGGACAGCAGCAGGGGAAAUGCAAAAAAGCAAAGGAUAUGUCUUACAUAAAAAUAAUAUAUCUUACAUAAGGAUAUAUCUUACAUAAGUAAUACAUAAUGUAAUACGUUGUCUAAACAGUUCUGUGUUAUAGAAAGAUGCCAUUUCAAAGUGCAUUAAACUUAAAGGACUAUGUCAUACUGGUGUUUUUCUUCAGUUCUUGAAAUGUGCACAGGGAGAGUGUAGCCCAUCACACAAAUGGAUUUUAUAAACAGUGUUUUAAUGUUGUUGAUCAAUAAAAUGUGAUUUAUUUUUGGA